AAUACCAUUUGUUUUUGGUCCCAUGUUUUUCUCUCUCAAAAUCGCAUCUUGAUCUCCCUUUCAAAUUCGUCUUCCUCUCACCUCUACUCACAGAAGGCAAAGGCAAAACCUUUCCCUUUUAUUUUCUACUGAUAUAAUAGAAUCCGUCAACCCCUUCUCUCACGCUUUACCUGUAUUGCCAUUUUAAUUUCUUCUUAUUUGAUUUUUUGUUGUAUUUUUUUGAAUUGAAAAGCACAGCAAACCACCCAAAACCACCUGUGUAUGUCCACUAAUUCGAUAUUUUGAGAAAAAUGAAGAGAGGACAAAAAUGGCUUGUGUUAGUUAUCACUUGAUAACUAAUUUUGUUGCAUUUUUUUGACAUUUAUGAAUUCAAUGUAUUACUCUUAAGUGUGUAAAAUGAAUUGAGGAUUCAGGAGAAGCCAAGCUUCCUAAUGAUGUUUGCAUUUGAGUAAUUUUAUGUGAUGCUCUUCUAGAUCCACUUAGUACCUCCUUGGUAUCAUUUGUUUUGUAUAUUUAAUGUAAUAUAUGUGGUAACUAAUGCAGGUCUGUAAAGCCAAGUAUGAGGAUUUGCAAGAGCGUUAUUCAGGUUGCAAAGCUUGGUUUGAGGAGCUCAGAAAGCAAAGAAUGAUAGAGCUGAGGCAAGCUUUGGAGCAAUCUGAAGAUUCAAUUGGCUCCUUCAUGCCCUGAAAGUUGAAUUCCCUGAACUUCAAUCGGCCUGACUCAUUAUGCUCUGUUUUAGGUCCCUGGAAUCGAAGCUUGAAAGUCUAAAGGCUGAGAAAAGAGAUGAUUGUCCAGUGGAUUGUGAUUCUAGCCAGAGAGAAUCACAGCUGCGCUCUCUCAAGUCUGAUGGGAUUGAAUCUUCUAGUAAAGACACAUCUAAGGAUGGAUUGUCUGCAGGUAGUUUCACACAAGAGGCCCAGACAAAGUGGUUGCCUGAAUCUCAGCUCCCAGCAGCAGUGCCUGCUGAAGAGAUGGAUGUUAAACUGGAAGUUUCAGAGUCUUCUGAGAGAGAGAAAGUGAGCAUUGAGAAGCCUACAGAAACUGUUUGUGGGGUACAGUUUCUGGGAACAAGGAAAAGAAGAGGUAAGAGGAAGAGAAAGGAUUGUAGUAGGGAUGUCAAAGAAGGGAGUGUUGGAGAAAGUGAGUUUCUCGGUUCUGCUGACAUUGCAAGUGCAUCACGGUGUAAAGAAACAUCAACCAGCAACUCUGUUCAGAUUGCCAGAUCCUCUGGUGUUGAUGAUCAGACAGGAUGUUCAAACAAGGAAGUGAAUGAUGAUCUGAUGGCGGUAUUCAGCUCUGUAGCAGAGAAUGAAUAUGCUUGUGUCUUUCGUCGACCACUUGAUAGUCAGAAGAGAGGAAGAUACAAGAAAACGAUUCUACGGCACAUGGAUUUUGACACCAUAAGUUCAAGAAUUGCCAGUCGUUCUCUCAAUUCAGUUAAGGAACUCUACCGGGAUAUGUUAUUAGUAGCCAACAAUGCCUUGGUAUUUUAUUCCAAGAAUACCAGGGAAUAUAAAUCUGCAUUUCUCCUGAGACGCGUUGUAACGGCAAUGUUGCAGCAGCAUUUAAAGGGCUCUGGCCACAAGCCUUCCACAUCCAUUCUUUCAUCCAGCUCACCCAUGCGUAAGCCUCCUGCAAAGCCUCGAACCAUUCGCGCAGGUAAUCGUGGUAAACUUCCAGGAAAAGUGGCAAAUACCAGGAAUGCAAUUGGUGGGAGUCAUCAUGGAAGUGAAAAACCACUCAAUGUGGAUUCCCCUCCAUCAAUGGAGUCCUUGGCUGUGACCGUGACCCAGAAGGGUCUUUCACGGCCAAAGAAAGCUGGACGUGGGCGUGCCAGUCAAAAAUCAGAAACUUCAACAACGAAAGGAAGGAAAAGAACUCGAGUUCGGUAAAAACUGGUUUUAGAUUUGUAGUCUAAAGUUGACACUUAUCCUGCCUGCUUUGUACAUAGCAUGUCCUUCUGGAGAAGAGACGUGGAACUGCACUGUAACGCUCACAUUAGUUAGUCAGAAAAGUACAUUUAACGGUUUAUGAUUCAUGAUUAACUCUCAUAUGUGAAUCCUAAGUAUAAAUUGAUAGGUGUUUC